GAAAUAUGACCUCGUUUACUACACAUAUAUGACCCCUCCUCUCCCCGGCCCGGCUUACACGCGCGCUCCCUGCCCCAGUGUAAACAAGCCGCGAUGGCGUCCCCGAAGCCUGGGCCCGGCGGCUCCAAUCCAGGCGGCGCGUCGGGGGAGGGCGACCAGAAGUUCGACGUGUUCUACAAAGACCUCAAAGAAACUGAGAAGAGGGACUCCGUGCUCACCCCCAAACAACAGAUUGACCGCCUGUUGCGGCCGGGGGCCUCCUAUGCCAACCUCAACCCCUUCGAGGUGCUGCAGGUGGACCCGCAGACACCCAUUGAAGAUAUCAAAAAAAAAUUCAGGAGGAUGUCCAUCCUUGUUCAUCCCGACAAGAAUCCGGAUGACUGUGAAAGAGCCCAGAAAGCCUUUGACGAGGUAACCAAAGCCUGGAGGUGUUUAGAAAAUGAGAGUACUCGCCAGAAGUGUUUGGACAUCGUCGAGGAGGCAGAGGCAGUGGUGGCAAAGCGGACUGAGGAGCGUAAAAAGCAAUUAAAGAAGGAAGGCAAGGAUCCACGUGUUGACGAGGACGACCCCGAGAAGCUGAAGCGAGCUGUGUACGUCCAGACCAUGAAGCUGUUUGCCGACAUGGAACGGAAGCGGCGGCAGCAAGAAGUGCGAGACCAAGAGGAGAGAAAAAGAAAGAGAGAUCAAGAAAUUGCAGAAGAAGAACAGAAGAAAGCAGAAAAAGAAUGGCAGAAGAAUUUUGAGGAUUCAAGAGUAGAUCGUGUCAACAGCUGGAAAGACUUCCAGAAAGGGAAAUCUGCUAAAAAGUUCAAAGGAUUCAAGCCUCCCAAGCACAAAGCCGAGGCCCGGGACUAGCUGGCAGGUGGGUGAUGUUGACAGUGCUGCGGACCCACCUGAGGACCCCCUGUUUUGAGGGGACACUCCUCCGUUUGUCGUGCUGGAGCUGCGCAGUUGACACCUCAAUCAUGUUGCCCUUCACCUUCUCUCCCUUUUCUUUCCUGUUAAUAACUUAAGAGUGCUGAGCUCUAUAAAAUUUUAUCUUUUUCUAUCAUUUAGUUUUUAUAUCGACAUACUAACUAUAAUGAGGAUAAAUAUAGUUGUAGGUAAAUAUAAGUGUGAAGUUUUGUAAAAUUUAAAAUGCAAUUUACUUGCAGUACCUUUCUUGUGGAAUCCUUUUGUGUAUUUGUUUACUGAAGUCGUAGUUAAUAUUUGACGGCAAAAGUAUUUUAUGACUUCAUUUGAGGCAUUAAAGUUACAGAAAUGUAAUAUUUUGUGUGAAACAUUACCUCAUUACUGGUAGUUUAUAAUAAAGAUUAAUUUAUACUGGAUUCAAAUUUGCCCUCCAUUUUCUAAGUUUAAAUAAAAUUAAUAAUUAGUUGAAGAGACUGUAGGAUGUAUCAGUGGCAUGAGAUGUGUAGCAAGGCAGCAGACAGCAUUGUGGCAGUGCAUGUUGCAGGGGUGAGACGGCACCAGAAGGAACAGGAAGAUUAGCAGAUAGUGAUGUGUAAUAUUGAAAGUGGUGAGUGAUGGUUGGCGAAGCCGGGUGCUGUGAAUGGCCAGUAAGUGUUAGUGUCUUGUGAAUAGUGAAACAUAGCAAGCUAUAGUCAGCAACACUGUUAUGUACUAUGAACACAAGUUAAAGCUUAGGAUAUUUGAUCAUUGUGAGUUAGUUCUCUACCUCUGGCAGUGUAUCUCUUUACCUUUGUACCACAACUAUCUGAGGUUUUUACUGUUCAGCAGUAGAAACAGGAAUAAGGUAAACUACUUUAUUCUCAUGGAACUUUUCUGAUAUAAACUUUCCUACACAAACAAU